AUGGUUGAGCAUGCGGCAGGCAUGCACAACUAGCAGGCGCACAGGGUUGGUGCACUAACAGAGGCAUGGCAUGUGCUGAUAGCCCGGAAGCGAUGAAGACAUCCUGGCAGUGGCUCGAGGGGCUGCUGAUGGCCUAGAAGCCGCAGCGCAGACCUAGUGGUGAUCCCCUUCCUCUCUUUGUCCUCUUGGAAUGAGACUCCCAACCAAAACACAUUUUCUCCUAAAGAUGACGACUCUAUUCUUGGGGGUGGCUCUCCACCCUAAUGUAGGGCCCCAAAUGGACCAAGGGUGGAGGGCCACACUUGAGGCCCAAGACACCAAAGCCCCAAAAAGGAACAGAUAGAGUCCAAAAUGGGCCCUCCUCUCCAAUUGGGCCCAAAUAAAGAUGGCCCAAAAGAGAAGAGAGGCAAGGAAAGAUGGGCGCCCUCUUCUCCAAUGGGGCCCAAGCACAUAUGGCCCAAUAGGAGAAGAGAGGAAAGAAAACAAAACAAAGGAAAAUGGGUCUUCCCACCCCCACCAUGGGCCCAACAUAGACCCUAGGGAUAGGAGGCCCCACACAAAGUAAAACUAGAACCCACACAAUUUACAAAUGAGGGAAACAAGUGAAGGGAAACAUAAGAUAUGGAAAACAUAAAGAUGCCUUAGGCUGUAUAGUGGAACCUAGGGUCCUUCAUCUUCACUUGUGCUCCUCGAUCUAGCUAGAUACAUGAGGAUUGGGUCUUCUCUAUCACCUCGAGCUCAUGUAGUGGUGGAGACAGGUCCCAUUCGCCACCAAUUAUUGAGUCUACUUCCCUAAUACCCGUCACAAUGUGACCUUAGCCGAUGUCACUUUCCAUGAGGAGUUUCUUUUCUUCUCUCCUAUUUUGACUCCUCCUCCUUGAGCUGCUAUGUCUCCUCCACCUAGGUUCCUUUCCUUGGUGGUUCUUGUAGACCCUCCCUCUUCUCUUCUCUCCUACCCACUCUCUUUGGGGUUGUUAUCCACACUUGCCUCUCUUUAGCCCAUGUCUCAUGUGAUUCCUCUUACUUUAGAUGUAGUAUCCUCCUCUUCCUUUCCUACAAUCCCCUCUACAUCUUUGGUUGCUACUCCACCUGAUGACAUUCAUCUUUCUAUUGUGUUUUACAAAAGUAUCCCUACCUACUGAUAAGUCUUCAUUAUCAUGAGUUAAUAAUUAGUAAAUAAUAUAUUUUUAGCCUUAACUCAUGAUAAAUAGACUUAUAUUUCUAUUAAAGUGUGAAAAGUGGUUUUUAAUUGAUUAAUGUGAAAUUUUGGUUAAUUGUGAUUUUUCUGAAUUUAUAUGAUUUUUAUAGUUUUAUUUUUGAGAUACAUAAAGAAAAAGAAAUUAAAAUAAAAAUAUACCAAAAAUGAGGGACUUGCUAACUAGUCGGGCCCAUAAGUAGGUCAAAAGUACAGUUAAAGGGAGCCGCGAGUGGUGGCUCAAGCUGCUAAGAUCGAUGGGGGCAUGUGCGCAUCACUUUCCUUCCACAUCACAAGUGGUCAGUUGACUAUGAGGUAAGUAGUCGUACAUGCAAGAGAAAGGGACUCAUUGGUUAUAG